CGGUGCGCAGGCGCAGUGGGAUCCCUCCGCCGCCGCCGCCGCCGCCUCGGUGGAGCGGCGCGCCGCGCGCCAUGGCGGGCCCCAGCCUGCGGCCGCACGUGCACUGGGCGCAGCGGCACCGCGAGCUCUACCUGCGCGUGGAGCUGAGUGACGUGCAGAACCCGGACAUCGCCAUCACCGACAACGUGCUGCACUUCAAAGCUCAGGGUCAUGGUGCCAAAGGGGACAACAUCUACGAAUUUCAGAUCGAGUUCCUAGAACCGGUUGAGCCUAAACCUGUAUGCAGGGUGACUCAAAGGCAACUGAACAUCACUGUGCAGAAAAAGGAGAGUAACUGGUGGGAGAGACUCACCAAGCAAGAGAAGCGCCCGCUCUUCCUAGCUCCUGACUUCGACCGCUGGUUAGACGAAUCGGAUGCUGAAAUGGAACUGAGGGAGAAGGAAGAAGAAAAGAUUAACAAAAUGAAAAUAGAAUCAAGAGUCCCAAAAGACCCUUUCAAACACCUGAAGAAGGGAUACUUAAUCAUGUAUAAUCUUGUACAGUUUUUGGGAUUCUCUUGGAUUUUUGUGAACAUGACAGUACGACUGUUCAUCUUGGGGAAAGAUUCCUUCUAUGAUACAUUUCACACUAUUGCUGACAUGAUGUAUUUCUGUCAGACCCUGGCAUUCAUGGAGAUCAUGAAUUCACUAAUAGGACUAGUGAGAUCACCGCUGAUACCUGCUGUAGUGCAGGUAUUUGGAAGAAACUUUCUUUUGUUUGUUGUCCUUGGAAGCUUAGAGGAAAUGCAAAGCAAACCUGUGGUGUUCUUCAUAUUUUAUUUCUGGAGUAUCAUUGAGCUGUUCAGGUAUCCAUAUUACAUGCUUUCAUGCAUCAGUAUUGAAUGGAAACCACUAACCUGGCUCCGUUACACUGCCUGGAUCCCUCUCUACCCCUUAGGAGCCUUGGCAGAAGCCGUCUGUAUCGUUCAGUCCAUUCCAAUCUUCAGUGAAACAGGGAAAUUUAGUGUGGGAUUGCCAAAUCCGCUGAACAUCACAAUCCAGUUUUCAGUUUUUCUUCAAAUAUACCUUAUAGCCUUGUUUUUAGGGCUAUUUGUGAACUUCCGUCAUCUCUACAAGCAAAGGAAACACCACCUCGGACCAAAGAAGAGAAAGAUGAAGUAAAAGAGGACUGCAAUGCUUUCUUAUCUAACUUAUGUCAAUUACAAGAUAAGCCUCUAAUUCUUACGGUUUUACCCACUGUAAUGUAAAGAAUUUUGUAAAAUUACAUGAUCACGCUAGAUUACAUGAUUUCAUAGUGAAUCAGGUACCAUUCCCACAUACUGUAUUUUGUUCCCUUUCAAUCAUGUAUGCAUGGCAUUGAUCAUUGUACAACAGUAACUUUUAAACUCUUAUCCUGUCAACUACCAUAUUAGAAAGAAAUCCUAUUAUCUGCAUAUAAUAUGCUUAUAAACAGUGGAGCAGCACUAAAUGGAAAUAGUGUUUAUCUUUUAAUUGGAUAUUUGCUCUUUCAAUAUUGCAUGCAGAUAGGGCUUCUGAUGUCAGGCUGGCCCAUGCUGUUCCUGGGGUGCAGCCUGGUGGCAGGAGGAGCACAGUCUUGAGACCACUGUGAACUGUGUGCAGGUGUUUACUAACCCGUUUGGGUAAACUUGCUGUGCAUAUACUCCCCUCCCCCCCCCCCCCCCCUUUUUCUUCUGCAGCAUGCUGAUGCUAAUGCUGAUUUAAGUGCUACAACCUUAGUCUGUUUCUGGUUUAGCCUUAACAGAAUAGGAGCACUGUGCAGACCCUAGCAAUGUGUGUAUUCCUGUAGCAACACAUCCUAUCCAGUCACUAGGGAAAGGAAGCUGCUACUCUGUGACCUGGUCAGAAAUGCUCUCCUGCUUGGUAAUGCAAGCACUGAAACAUAACAAAACAAGGAAGCACAGGUACCAGCUUUCUCCUAGCAAGGACCCAAACAGAACUCCAUCCCACCCAUGCAAAGGGAAAACGUGGAACUGUCAUGGGAGACCAGGCUCCUCUGAUCAUUCCUGGCAGGGCUGUAGCUCCUGUAUUUAUAGCCUUCAGAAAGGCAGUAAAGAUUGCUUUUCUACUUAAGCUUAGGGAUGCAGUGGAGAAGUGGGUGUAUAUGCUUUGUUGGCUGGCCCCUGGUGGGAUGGCGUAGUGGAUCAAGUAAUUAACUGUGUAUUAUUUAGAUAGCAUGCAUGAAAUCUUACGGAGAUCCCACACAGGGUUUGAAGGAACACUUUCCUCUGUGCUUACAUUAAGCAACAGCAACAACAAAAGAAGAGAAACUUCCCACACAUUGCAGGUCAUCUAUCUACUCUCGCAGCUGGAAACCUUUGUUUCAGUUGACUUGUAUUUCAGCAUGCCCUUCUGCAAUCCAGUUUAUAAAACGCACAACAAGUUUGCUCUAAACCAUGCUGUGGUUAUGAACAGGUUGCUUCACAACUGCACUGCCCCCAGGGCAACGCAAAGCAAUGCCAGCAAUCCAGAACAGGCGCUGAAGUUGAGAUUAGCUUGGUGCCAUGUUACUAUUUGUCUUUUUCUACUGUAAAACAAUACGAAUCUUCCAGAAAAUUAUUUUCUAUAUUAAAGGUAACAAACAAUGGACCCAGUGAAUGUUACUGUCAAGGAAAGGAAAUAUUGUUAUAAGGGGAUUUUAACAAAGAACUGGUACAGGCUCCAUGCUGCAUUUCACAAACCACGUUCUGUUGACAGGAGGCAUGAUACAAUUUCUCUUUAGGGUUACUUGAGACUCCCACUUAAAGGAGAGUGCAGCUUGCUUUACUCAGGAGAGUUAAGCUUUAUUUAUACACUUAAAUUUCACUUAGCACACACUGUACCUAGGUUUGAAGGAUGUCAAAGGAUUGAAUUAGCUGAGUAAUGGAACAGCAAGGAUCACUUUUAUACUUUUAAUUUCUCCACUGGGCAUUUAAACUUCUUUUAUGAAAUCCGUAUGUAUUCAUACACUGUAUUUCUCAGUGACAUUGUGGUACCUAGUGCAAGCUGUCAUGGAUCUUACACUACUGAAUUUUAGUCCUUCAAAAAGAAUGUGUUUCUAUUAAUAAAGAUUUACAACCAAA